GGUUUCCAUCACAUUUGGGAUCUUUGCAUGGCCUAGGAAAAAUUCAGUCAUCAUCCAGCUUUGGACGUAAGCCUGCCAUUGGAGUUGACUUGAUACACAAUACUUGAGAGAAAGUAUAAAAAAAUAUAAACCGAAGGAAAGCUGAGGAAGCCAGAAAUGGUAAAAGGGAACAGACCAAGCGUCUGCCUUUGGCCCAAAGUUGAAAACUCCGAGGAAGCAGAAAGUUUUGUUUGUUUGCUUAAAAAAGAAACAAAAUAAUCACAAUACUGAACUUGCAUAACAAUGGAUGUCCAUCUUGAAAACUUCUAUUCUCCACCCAGUUACAUUUAUGAGACAUUAUCCUUGUAUGAAGCCUACAAACAAGAACCUCUAUAAAUAUGCCUGCCAAGAUGAAAGCUAAAGGCAGCUGUGCAUGUGAGCAGCAGAGACAACAGCUGAGAGGCAUUAAACAAUUACCCUGUAAUGUUCAGUGAGAUACACCUGUGCACUGUGAAGCUCCCUGCAUGGCCUCUGCCAGUUGUUUCCCCCUGUGGUCAUGACGGCUUCGCACAGUGACUCUUUGGUGGUGUUGUUUGGGGCAACAGCUGGUGCAUAUGGGGCUAAACUGGGUUCGGAUGAGAGGGAACUAAUUCUCUUGGUGUGGCAAGUUGUGGAUCUACACAGCAAGAAGGUGGGGACGCUACAUAAAUCCCUGGUGAAAGCAGACAACUUGGACUUAACGGAGCAGUGUCGCGAAGUGAGUGGCUUAACACCAGAGGGGCUGAGCAAAGCUGAACCACUGGACCGGGUUCUUCAGCAGUUUAGUCAGCUGGUAUCCAGUGAUUUGAAAGUACUUGGAAGGAGCUCUUACACACUCUGCAGUGAUGGCCAGUUACUCAUUAGACAAGUCCUCCACCCAGAAACAUCUAAGAAGAACUUCUUGCUGUCAGACUGCUUCUAUUCCUUUUACGAUCUGCGCAAAGAAUUUCACACUUGCUACCCUAGUUCAGCCACCGUGAAAGAUCAGACUAUCAAGACCAUGGCAGAAUAUCUAGGCUUGGGGACAGAUGAAACAGAGGAGGACUUUGGUGUGUGGCAAGUGAAAACCAUGGUGGCUAUCAUUUUCAGCAUGCUGUCUGAAAGCUGUGAUCAUGUAUUUACUGAGCCUGAAACUGUGAAAUACAAGUACGAAACAGGUCCUUGUAGUAAAUCUGAAACAGUGGACAGCGAGACAGUAAUACGUGCCAGAGGCUUGCCAUGGCAGUCUUCAGACCAAGAUAUUGCUCGAUUUUUCAAAGGACUCAAUAUUGCCAAAGGUGGUGUGGCUCUUUGUCUGAACGCUCAAGGAAGAAGAAAUGGGGAAGCAUUAGUUCGGUUUGUCAGUUCUGAACAGAGAGAUCUUGCACUGGAAAGACAUAAGCAUCACAUGGGCAGCAGAUACAUUGAGGUUUACAAAGCAACUGGGGAAGAAUUCUUAAAAAUUGCAGGAGGCACCUCCAAUGAAGUGGCCCAGUUCUUAUCUAAGGAGAAUCAAGUUAUCAUCCGGAUGCGAGGCCUUCCAUUCACUGCUACUCAGGAGGAUGUCUUAGGGUUUCUGGGGCCAGAAUGCCCAGUCACAGGAGGGAAAGAGGGACUUCUUUUUGUCAAGUACCCAGAUGGCAGACCCACAGGAGACGCAUUUGUGUUAUUUUCCUGUGAAGAAUAUGCACAGAAUGCACUUAAAAAGCACAAAGAAAUACUUGGAAAACGUUACAUUGAACUCUUCAGGAGCACGGCAGCAGAAGUCCAACAGGUACUUAAUCGAUAUAUGUCAACACCUCUUAUUCCCACUCUCCCAACUCCCAUCAUUCCUGUCAUACCCCCGCCAUACACCAUUGCCACGGGCAGCAUACGUGACUGUGUACGGCUCAGAGGCCUUCCUUACACUGCGGGCAUCGAUGACAUCCUGGAAUUUAUGGGGGACGCCACAGGUGAUAUCAAGCCCCAUGGAGUUCACAUGGUCCUUAAUCAGCAGGGACGACCAUCAGGUGAUGCUUUUAUCCAAAUGAAAUCUGCUGACAAAGCCUUUAUGGUGGCUCAAAAAUGUCACAAAAAAAUGAUGAAGGACCGUUAUGUGGAAGUAUUCCAGUGUUCGGGAGAGGAGAUGAACUUUGUUUUAAUGGGUGGCACUUUAAAUCGUAGUGGCUUAUCCCCACCGCCAUGUAAGUUACCAUGUCUUUCUCCACCAGCUUACGCUGCUUUCCAAACAGCAGCUGUGAUUCCAGCAGAAGCAGCGCUUUACCAGCCUCAAGCCCUCUUGCCAGCCACCAGAACUCCCCAGGCCUCUGCAGCUGCUCCACCAACUGUUACCUACUACCCAGCUCAGGCUGCUCAGCUCUAUAUGAAUUACACAGCUUACUACCCCAGUCCUCCAGUAUCCCCCACCACGGUGGGGUACAUUGCAGCUCCUCCAGGAGCUGUAGCUGCUGCUGCCACUGCCACCCACACUCCGAUUCUGCCCCAGCCUGGAGCAUUAGUCCGUAUGCAGGGCUUGCCAUAUAACACAGGAAUGAAGGAGAUACUCAGUUUCUUCCAGGGGUACCAGUAUGCACCUGAUGACUACAAUGGCCUUAUUCAGCUGAGUGAUCAAACAAGGAGUGUGUUACAAGCACCGAAAGAGUGGGUCUGUUUGUAACUCUUUGUAACUUCUGAAGAAGCUCCAAGCAGAUUCCAUCCUCGUGCUUUACAACUUUAGUGGCCAGCCCAGUGGAGAGGCAUUGGUGACUUUUCCAAGCCUGGAACUAGCUAAGAAAGCAGUGGCUGAGAAAAACGGACAGCUCCUGGGAGGCCGCUAUGUAGAACUGUACCUGGUCUGACUUAAACACUCUCUGGGGGAUGGGGAAGGAAUGGUGCACUAAACACCGUGCCUUUGCAAAAUGUGUCUUCCCUUGCCACCCAGGCAGCAGCAAAUGUGCCUUUUCAGCAUGAUAUGUUGGAAUGUAGAGCGGUACAUGUCCUGUAUUUAAUUUGAAAAAUGGCAUAUCCUAUGCCAAAGAUAAAGUGAAACCAAAAAUCAUGUAGUUAAUUUCCUUAAUUUCUAAUGUACUUGUUUAAAAAUAAGCAAACUCGCUCCUGGCAUCUGGUUAAUUCUGAAGACAAUCUAAUAGCACUUCAGCUAUCUCAGUCAUGGGAGAAACCUGUUCAGUAGCAAUUGAAGUGGAAAGCCAAGCUUGAGUCAUUCAGAUUCUUUGUUUAGUUUUUAAGAGUUUACACUUGACUAAGUGUCUGGUUGUUGUAGAGUUUAAAUGUCUUUAGAAAGGUCUUCUGGAAUGCAUAGCUUUCCCUCUUUGAAGUGUAGAUCAUAUUGAUUUGUUUUGUUUUGUUCUUGACUAGAAAAUAUCAGGAUGCUGGACCCCAAAUGCAAUUGUACUUUCUCAUGUUUUCAUUAUACGUUGUUUUGCAAAAGCCAUAUUUGUCUUUCUUACCAAUGUACUGCUGCCAACAAUGUAAAGCAAAAAAAUAAAACCAGCAAAACCAGAAAAAUCUUCCCUGCCCACCCAUAACUCCCUGCCCCAGCCCCAACUUUUAAUCUCUACAUGACAAAAAUGGCACAUAAACCUGAGUACUAAUAAGUUAUAUUUUUUUAUUUAAGCAUAAUAGCUUUCAGAUACUGUAUUAAAGAUUUUGCUCUAGUUUAUGUGCAUGCAAUUUGUUUACAUCUUUAACUACUUUAUUUGUAUAUUAUGAAACAAGAUAUGUUGAAAUUAAAUCCUCUAGUGCAUGCUUUUUUCUCUCCCCGUGUGUGUAUAUAUAUAAGCUAGAAGAAGUACUUUUAUGUCAUGUAGCAUGUGUUUAAAAAAAGACAUCUGCUGUAGAAGCACUAAAUGACUUUGUUUUUACUGUGCCUUACUUCAAAACCAUUCCAAGUGCAAUACCAGCAGAGCAAAAUGUUAUGAAUCCUGUUGUGACAUGUUCACGGAUGUCUGAAUUGAUCUUUUUUUGUUAGUGUACAAUUUGAGUUGUACUUAAAAGAACUGAAUGAUGUAUGCUUCUUUAUAUUACAACAAAUAAAAGAGAUGCUUAAUGAUGCA